GGCUUGCGAUAGGAAUAAGCUUGCACGCACUUACAUAGCAUUGUAAUGGUUAACUGACAAAGCAUAGGCCCAAAUGUAGUGAGCGUGCGCAAGUGCAGCGCAACAAAGCUAUGCAACAACACGCGCUCACACUGAGGUUCCUUGACGCCGGUCUGGAAACACGAUAUCGCUCGCAAAGACUGCAAGCCUUUUUCCGGACGCUAGACACAAGAUACCUGGCAGCGCAAUCCAUCCUAGCAGCAGGAUUCUUCAUUUCACAGCCACUGCUGUUCCCGUCGAUAGACUUCCAUUGGGCUAAUGUAGCAUAUCCAGCCGUGUGCAUCAUCAACUGGCUCCUGAUUUCGCGGCUGCUGCCUCGGUGCUGGUAUGAGCGACACCGCCACGGCCUGCAGCUGACUUUCAGGGCACUCGUGGACUGCCUAGUUGUCGUGGGCCUGCCAUACUGGUCACCGCCCGUGCCUGUGCGGUCGCUGGGCACAUUCUUCACACACCUAGUGCUGACGUCAGGCGCUGGCACGCUCAUAUGGGCCUCAAUAGGCUGGCCGCUGCUGCUGCAGCACCAUCUCCCCUACAAUCUGGCGGCUGCCACGGGGUUCUCAGUCUUCGUGGCACCGCACGUGUGCUCCGUGAUCCAUCAGAACGCCUUGGGAGGCGCCUACGUCCGCUCCGCCUGGGCCGCGCUCGGCCGCUUAGGGGUGCUAUCCUCGCAGCUGCGCGCACUGCUUGUGACACAGCUGCCAGUAAACGCUGUGAUCCCGGCAUUCGGCGGUGCCGGCGGCAGUGGUGCAGCGGGCGGCCUUGAAGCUGGAAGCACAGCCAACGCUGGCGCCCCGCUGACAGACGUGACGGCAGGGGCUGCGGGUGCGUGUGUGUUCAGCGGCCCAGACCAGGACCCAGGCGCAGGCACAGGCGCAAGCUUGGGCGCCGGUCACGGAUGCGUGUUGGGGCGGGCGCCAGGCGCGGGUGGCUGGGCGGCUGCGGCAGCGCUGUCGGAUGCACCGGCGAUGGCGCUCGUCCAAAGCGCGGGGGAGGAAGGCAUGUGCCUGGCCACCGUGACCCUGGCGCAGCUGCUGUUCGGGUUCGUGUUCCCCACCAUUCUUGUGUACGUGCUGGAGGGCUACUCGCGUGACUACUUCUGCCAAGCCGUGGCGUACGGCGGGGCUGCAGGCAGCGGCGGCUGGGGCGGAGGCAGCAGCCGUGUGGGCGGCGCGACGAGCAGUCGCACCGGUAGCAGGCGCAGCAGCGGCGACGGUGGCGGCGGUGCGGGCGAGGGCAGCCAGGGAGAGGCAGAGCCGGGUGCUCAGCGGAGGCGAGGUAACGGGCCGGCCGCCGCAGUAGAUGCGGCGGCAAGCCCUCGGGUUGCGCGGGAAGGUGCCGCUGGUGCUGUGGGGGCCUCAGAACGAGGGCAGCCCGGCCCCCUGCAAUCGCGGCCGCUGCUGCUGCUGCCCACAAGUGAGCGGGGGCUGUGCGCGGACCUGGACCUUCUGCAGCGCGGGCUGGGCGGGCUCGUGCUGGUCAUGCUGGUGCUGCUGCUGUGGGAGCUGCUGCUGUUCCUGCACUUCCUGCUGCUGCCACAGCUGCUUCGUGCCGCAAUGGCGGGCGGCUACCUGGAGGGUGCCGUGUCAGCCGCCGCGUCUGCAGGCGCGAUGCCAGUGGCGGAGGUGGCGGCGACGGGCACGGCGGCGGCAGCAGCGGUAGCAGCAGAGGUGGCAGCGGCUGCUGCCGGCGCCGCUGCUGGAGAACUGUAGACUGCAUUGCCAGUGAAGGCGGCCUGCGGAAUGUGUUAUAAUGCCUUAGUCUUGUACUGAACACUACUUGUUGUGCGAGUGCGAGUGUAAGGUGCCAGCCGCAAGGCGUCAUCAUGCCGGGGAUCACCUUGAUUGCGUCCAUGCUUCCUGAUGCAGAUUGCCAGGAACCUUGCUUGUGAAUGCAAGCAAGGGAUGAUGCACUGCAUCCGCGAGGGUGCUUCACGCAUCUUACUAGGCAUCAAGUGAAAUGCAACCGAGACUGCCUUGCGCUUCGCUCUUGUCGUUUCGUGCGUCAUUGGUUUUACAAUCAUGCAGUCUCUCCUGCCCACGUGUUGUGAUCGGAUGCAUGCGACUAUCUGAGUGCGCGUUCUCGUGUACAUGUUUACAGGAAGGACGGGGGCGGAGGAACUUUGUGGUGAACUGCUCGCCCAAGAUGAUGGCUUUGGCCGGUUUGUUGGAGACAUGGGUGAACGGCCUAAUUGAUCCAUGAGUACUGCGGCUGUUUUUUUGCGCUGUGCUGUGUCUGCUGGAACAGUGGUUACACCUGAUGGUCGGAGGCUGCAUUAACCGACCCCAGCUUCGUCCGGAAGAUGAAGUAGGAUCGAAGCCUUCGGCCUCAGAUGAUAGACGCGUGUGCGCUCGGCUCACAGCGCCCGUGGCGCUCACGGAGGCAACCUCUCGUGUCAGCCUUGAAUUGGCAAGUGUGGAGUAGCAACGUGGGCGCUGCUAGGAUGGAGGUUUAGUGACUUGCUUCGUACUGAGAGACGAGCAACAACCGAUAGUGAGUCAUGAGUGAUUCCUAUGCAAGUAUUGCAACAAGCUGUACCAGGGGACCCCUGGGCGGCCUGGCGUGGCUGAGGGCCGGUAAGCGGCUCUAGCGGCCAACACCGCAACACGUGCCAGCAUGAUGUGAUGAUGGCAUAACGCGCUGUGGCAGGGGUGCGCUAUGGUUAGGAUGUGGCUGUCGUCAGAAGUGUCCCACUGCCCCUGGCACUGGCGGCAGGGGACUUGGCGGGAAACACUGGGCGGGGCCCGUGGCUGCCCGUGUCGCACGUCGCGCAAAACCCAGCAGCUUCCGCGCCCGCCUGCUUUGACCUACACCAUGUAAACUGCAUCUGUU